GCAUGUUAAUGUGUACCUCUGAUGGCCAUUUGCAUAUUGAUAUAUGUGUACCUCUUGAUGCCAGCACAUUUGGACCAAAACGCAAGCUUUUGCACCUAUAUAUACCCUUCAAACCAUUCUCUACAUUCACAAAUCAUCCUAAACAUAAAGGGCUUAUCUUUUCUCACAUAGAGAUGGCUUCAAACAGCAAUGCUUCACUAGUUUUCUUUCUAGCACUCAAUGUGCUCUUUUUUGCCAUGGUGAGUGGCUGUGGGACUUGUGGUAGCCCUGCCCCAAAACCGGCGCCGGAGGCUAAGGCUACCUGCCCUAAAGACACCUUGAAACUUGGGGUGUGUGCCAAUUUGCUUGGUUUGAUUUCUGUGGAAGUUGGCUCACCACCAACUAAACCAUGCUGCAACCUCAUCAAAGGCCUUGCUGACCUCGAGGCUGCGGUUUGCCUAUGCACUGCCAUCAAAGCUAAUGUAUUGGGGAACGAUCUGAAUGUGCCUGUCGCUCUGACCUUGCUUCUUAAUGUUUGUGGCAAGAAAGCCCCAGAUGGCUUCAAGUGUGAAUAAAUUAUCCAGGAUACUUGAUUUCGUCUUGAUUUCGAAAUCAAACUUUUAAAUAUGUAUUGUAUGUAUGAGUUUGGGUCUUUAGGUUGUUCCUCACAUUUCAUUUCUUUGCUUUCUGUUAAUUAUGACAUUGUGUUUUAGAUUGUAUUGAAUCCUGGUUCAAUUCUGUAACGGUUUGUGGAAAAUGAAAGUCAUUUGUUUUAUAUUGAA